AAAAGCCCAGAGUCUCACAACACAGGUCAAGAUACUAACAGGAUGGACAAUUUGGGAUUUGUCCUGGAAUAAAACACAAUUUUGUGGAAUUAGAACAUUUGUUGCCCCCAAAAAUGUGUUUUGGACUCCAGAUAUUGGUAUAGUGGAAAGCAUCAAGACAGAUUUUGGAACAAAGGAUUUUCCAAAUGUGUUGUUGUUCAGUUCCGGCUUUACAGCCUCAGUUGACUUUGUAUCUCUGACCACGGCCUGUAAGAUGGAUCUCUACAGGUUUCCCUUCGACUCCCAAAGCUGCAAAAUAACAUUUCAGUCUACGUUAUAUCCAAAGCAAGAGAUUACAAUUAAUCCAAUGUCUGAUCAAGAAUCCAUCACCCUUGUGUCACAUGAGCUCUUUCAGGCCCAGGGAGAGUGGGACCUCAUCGAUAUAACUCACUCUAGAUCUACCAUCACUAGGUGGAUUGUAUCGGAUCAGCUGAUAUAUCAGAUUAACAUAAAAAGGAGACCUCUACUGUAUGUCAUAAACAUUAUAGUACCGGUAUUUUUCUUCCUCAUUCUGGAUGUGGCCUCCUUCUUCAUUGACACAAGCGGAGGAGACAAGUUGAGCUUUAAAGUGACUUUACUGCUGUCUAUUUCUGUGAUGCUGCUGAUUCUUAGUAACACACUGCCCUCUACGGCUCAAAAACUCCCUCUGAUUGGGAUUUACUGCUGUGCGGUUUUCUGUCUCAUUGGCAUGAGCAUUGUGGAGACCAUCUUUGUGAAUUAUCUGAAGGUCAAAGCAUCCAACAGGGGAUCAGUGGAAACAACAUCUACUGUUACUGGCCAAGAUGGCGGUGUAAGAGACCCGCAGAACCCUCCAGCCUCAGUUAUAGAUCAGAAUAAAGAACAGACUCAUACCCUCGACAGUCUGAAGCAAAUCCUCACUGAAAUCUUGGCUGCAACUCGUCAAAAACAACGACAGAAGACGUGUCUGUACUUGACCAGAGUGGCAAGAAUCAUAGAUGUGACCUUCUUAGUUCUUUACAUAAUCACUAUCAUUGUCUUUCUGUCUGUGCUUGGGAAGCUUUGGAUUCCAUAGUGAUGUCUUGUACUUGAGAUCACACAAUACCAGAGCCCGUCUAACGGAGAGCCUUGGCACUUCCUAUU